AUGCAUCGUUCGAUGUCCUCCUCCUUCUAUUCCUCCUCCUCCCCUCCUCACGCGAUGACGACGACGAGGAUGCCGAGGAAUAGAUACGAGUUUGUCCGCGCGUACCAAACGACCAGAGAGUUGAGACGAAUGGCGAAACAGAGGUACACGCGGAUCGAGAGGAGCAUGUUUUGUACGAGUAAUUUUCAUAGCAGUAAUAAUAGCAGUAACAACAACAACAACAACGAGAACAACAAUAGUCAUCAUCCAGUAGCGAGCACGGAAGACGCGUUUGUAAACCAGAAAAACAGAGGCUUGACGUUGUGCGUGGAAGGGAACAUCUCCUCCGGGAAAUCUACGUUCCUCUUUGAAGUGAUUGGAGGCGAGAGUUCUUCGCUGAAGAAAGAAGCGUUCGUGGUUCCGGAACCGGUGGAGAGUUGGCAGAAAAUCCCGGGCGCGAGCGUCGAAGGCGAGAAUAACGUGUUGGACGCGUUUUAUAAGGAACCAGAACGGUACGCGUAUACGUUUCAGAACUAUGUGUUCAUCACGAGAUGUUUGCAAUACAAUGCGUCGAAAGAUUUUGAGGCACAAAAUGAGAAUAAUCAAAGUCGAUUUCGAGUGUGCGAACGUUCCAUAUUUAGCGACAGGAAAGUCUUCGUGGACUCGUUGAUGGACGCGAAGUGGCUGACGAAUAUGGAGUUUCAUUUGUAUAACUGUUGGUUCGACGCGUUAGGGGACGAGUCGUUGGUACCGGACGCGUUUGUGUAUUUACGAGCGUCUCCGGAGACGUGUAAAAGACGGUUAGGAUUUCGAAGUCGAGGAGAGGAGAGUGGAGUGACGUUGGAGUAUUUGCAGCAGUUGCACGAGAAACACGAGAAUUGGUUUCGAGAGGACGAUCGAACGGCGUCGGCGCCGAAAGAGUUAACCGAGAAUGUACCGGAAGAGUUGAAGGAUAUGGUCAAAUUCAUCGAGAUUACGCUGAGCGGGAAGAAGACGUUCCCGUUUGUGCCGGUUUUAGUAGUCGACGGCGAUAAGGAUUUCGACGUCGCGUUGGAUGUAGAGAAGAAAGAGAUGUAUGCAAACAAAGUGCGAUUGUUCCACCGGUUCGUUUCGGAGUUUUGCAAGCGCUAA